AUGGACCGAGAGCUGGGUAGUUAUGGUGUUGGCGAGUCAGGAUCCAUAAUCGGCCAUAGGUUAACAUGGAAUAGAGGGGUCCAGAGAGAUAGCAGUAAUCAGUACCAUGACCAGUUCCACAGAGUGACUUUGCAGGAUAUCGGGGAUGAAGACGGAUUAAAGGAGUCAGUUUCCAGGGCAACUGAGUGCGAGGCUGUGAUGAGCUCCCUGAUGAACGGCAGGCGUCUGCAGGCGGGAGUAUCUCGCCAGCCCUUGGCCCUGCACCCAGUGCCCACAGACCAAACAGCAGGAUCCAACUCCACAACAUCCAUAGGGGCCGUGCGGGAGCUGGAAGCCUUGGAAGACCUGGUGAUGACCAAAGAGCAGCUGAUUCAGCAGUUACACACUCAGCUGAGGGAUGCCAUCCACAGUCAGGAGCUGCGCCGCAUGGAGGUCCUUGAAAAGGAUGAUCGGCUACAGGAGCUACAGACGAUUAUUACUGAACUGCACGAGGAGAUCUCGCUGAAAGACGCCAAGGCAGUAACGCAUCUACAGGAAAAACAUCAGCUGGAGAAUCGGCUCAAAGCUCUGAGUCCGCCCGUUACCGGGAGCCAAACGGACGCGUCUUUAGUAGAUUCCCUUGCAGCGGUCUCCAAAACAAAUGAACUACUGAAAACAGAGUUGGAUCGAAGAGAUGGGGAGUUGAGAAAUGCUCAGUCUGUGCUUCUUGCUGUCCAGAACACACGGGAUGUACUGUCCUGCGAGCUGGAUGCCCAGGAACAGCAGGUGUACAGACUCCAGCGGGAGCUUAAAGAGAGACAGGAAGAACUGGAGCAGAGACACAGCCGCAUACAGCAGCUUCAUCAGGAUCUCGAGACCUACUCCAGCCAACGAGAAGAGGCCCACCGGCAGGUAUCCGAGUGCAACAUGCGCCUCUCCCAGCUGGAAGGAGAGAAUUAUGCUUUGAAGGUUCGUCAUCGAGAGCAAGAAGCGGAGAUCGAGAAGCUGAGGAGAGAGUCGCUGAGCAAGCAGAGAGCAGACAUGACGCAGCCAGCUUGGGAUCUGGAGCAGAGACUUUCAGAAGCAGAGAGCCAUGAUCAGGAGAGUCAUGGGACCAUCCAGCAACUGCGUGCAGAGCUCAGAGAGGCUGCGUAUACUGUGGGUGCUCUGCAGGAACAGCUGCUGGGAUUGCAGGCAGAGGCUACGUCCCUGCGAGGGAGGUACAGUUGCUGUCAGCGGGAGGCGCUGGAGCUGCAGGAACAUGUUUUGGAGCAGGAGCACAGAAUUGUAGAGCUUCAAAAGGGGAACCGUGACACCGUGGAGAAUCUUCACCGAGCCCAUGAACAGUUGCGAAAUCAGGAGCAGUCUGUGCGCGAGCUUCGGGAAGAAAGAUCGAGACUCCAAGAGCACAGUCAGCGCCUCGAACAGGAGACUGGCGCGCUUCAUGCUGAGCUGGAAACGCAAAGCUUAACACUAAGCGAGCACAGCAGCGUAACGGCCAGUAAGCUGAGCCGCAAGGAACAGGAAGUUGAUCGCUUGCGUCGAGAUAUUCAGGCUUUGCGCAGGCAGACACAGCACGCAGAGGAGAAGGCUGUGCAACAGGAGGCCACAGCAAGCAAUCUCCAGGAAAAGCUGUCAUUGUGUCACAUUGAGAAGACCUCUCUGUCUGACACUAUAAAAAGGCUGGAAAGAGAGCUGUGUGAUGUAAACACUAGCAGAAAAGAUCUGGAACAAGAGAUAAAGAUGCAGAGUGAGACUGUGGAGAAGCUGCAAGCUCAGCUAUCGGUCUGCGAGACGGAGCGGGAUACGGCCUGUGAAAAGAGCGUGGAGCUCCGCAAUGACAGAGACACCCUGCAGAGCAAGGUCCACCAGCUUCAACGAGAGAUCUCAAAUGUGGAACAGAGUAUGAGCGCCGCCCUGCAGGAAGUAGAGAUCCGGAGACUGGAGGUCACUAGGAAAGAUGCAGAGCUCCUUGCUGUGAGAGAAGAGCUUCACAUCUGCCAGGAUACUCUGCAGAGUGCUCUAAAGGAGAAAGCAGAGACAAUACAGGAGGCAGAAGAACAGGUGCAGCAGAAGGAGAAAUUGCUUUCAUCCCUGCAGGAGGAGGUAACGGCAUUAAGAGAGCAGCAGGAAAGCUUCCGAUCCCAGCUGUUGCAGAGCCGUGAGUUGGUGGAGCAGCAGAAGCAGCAGAUAGCAGACUUGACAGAAGAGCUGACUGUCAGAGCACAGACGGUGUCUCAGCUGAAUUCAGCAAAGGAUAAACUAGAGCUGGAAUUUAGCAUCCUGACGGAGAAACACAAAGCGGCUCAGAAAGAGGUUUCUAGCAGAGACCAGACGAUUGUCAGCCUUCGAACUGACCUCACUACUAGAGAGCAAGAGCUGCAGGAAGUACAAAGAGAGCUCACUGAUUGUUCUGAGGAAUUGAGUUCCCUUCGCUUAAAGCUGAAGAACCUGCAGAGUGAUGUUCAGAGCCUUCAGGAAAUCUGCACUGAGCAUGAAACUACAGCCACAGACAAGGAAAAACUAAUAUAUGGGCUGCAACAGGAGAAAGAGGAAAAUCUGGCUGAGAUGCAUCGGUUAAAACAAGAGAUUGCAUGCAUGCGGCAGACGCAGCAGGCUGACACGGAGCGCAUGAGAAACGAAUCGGAGAGGCUGCAGGACAAGUUGGAGUCUGUAACCAGGAGGCAGGAGGAGCAGGAGCUUGAGCUGCGGCACUCCAGGCUGAGGGCAGAGAGGAUAUCCCAGGACCUGAGUCUGGCACAGCAGCUGCAGCUACAGCUGGAGGAACAGGUAUCUCAGCGGGAUGUAGAGCUCCGUCAGCGUAGUGAAGAGGUUCAGCAGCUGCAGACGUGUUUGUGGGAGUCGGAGGAGAAGGCUGUGAGUGCGGAGAGUCAGAGUAGCGCCACACACAGCAGUAUGGAGUUGUAUCGCAGUAAAUACCAGGCGUGUGUGAGCCGAGUUGGGGAACUGGAGGAGAACCUGAGACAGCUGGAAGAUGAAACCCGUGAGAUGAAGCGAGAGGUGUCUGACCGAGACUGUCGGCUGUCUGCACUGCGAGGCGAACUGCUUGUGUUACAGCAGGAGCUGGAGAGUAAAUGUAUGGAACUAGAAAGCUCAGAGGAAGCCAUUGACCAACUCACACAAGAACUUCAGGCAACACAGAGCGACCUGAUGGCCAGCCGUGCGCAAUCCAAAGAGAGCGAGGAGAUCCUUCAGUCUGUCCGGGAGCAUGCGGCGAGGCUCCAAAACCAGGUGGUGGAGUUGGAAGAAGAUCUGGUAAAACUACAGACAGACUUUGCUUCCUACAAAGCAACCCACAGAUACAGUGAUAGCAGCUACGGGGAGCUGGAGAGGCAUGCGGUGCAGCUUACACGGGAGCUAGGCCGUGCUGAAGAGGAGAUUCAGAGACAGAUGAAGGAAACUGAGCGAAGCCAAAUACAUCUGCGAGAGCUAAACCUGGAUUUAACGAAGGAAAGAGAGCAGAGAAACAGCACGUCAAAAGAUGUGGAGCGGCUGGAGCAGGAAGUGUGCAAUCUACGGAGAGAGACAUCUUUACAAGUGCAAGACUAUAAACUACAGAUUUCUGAGCAACAGCAGCAAAUCCAAAAACUGAAGGAGGAGCUGAGAGACAACAGCAAACUGACAGCCCACCGAGAGCAGGCAAUCCAAAAGCGCGAUGUUCUGCUGCGUCAGUCAGAAGCCGACCUUCUCCAGGCACGGAGCUCACUAAAAUCGCUGAAUCAAGAGAGAGAGCGCCACCUGGAGGCUGCCAGUGCUCUGGAGAGGAGACUGCAGCAAACUCAGAAAGAGCGUGAGCAGAAAGAGAGAGACAAUACUGCCCUAAGAACGGAAUUACAGGAACUGAAGAAGGAGCUGCAGGAGACCUACGCACUCCAUCAACAAGCAGCACAGGCGCUGGCAGGCCAGGAGGAGAAGACUCUCUUAAUAGAGAGCGCUCUGCAGAGCACACAGGAGCAGCUGAGUGAGCGAGUGGCAGAGGUUGUAAGACAGGAACAGCUGGCGCGCAAAGUGGAAAGUGAAAUGCGCACGUUGAGAGAACGAGCAAACAACAGCGAUGAAGAACUGGAACAAUGCAGGGCAUUGAUCGAACGCCUGAAGUCAGAGCUUAAUGAAGUGAAGAAGAGAUACAAUGUGUCCACACAGGAGGCUAUAAAGCUGCAGCACUCUGUCAGCAAACUGCAGCUGGGGCAGGCAAACGAGCAGGAGAAAUACAAAGUUCUGCAGCAGCAGUUGCAGGAACAAAGUACAGUCCAACAGAACCUCCGGACUGAGCUGGAAGAGCAGCAGAACCAACAUGAGGAGCUGCAGAGACAGCAGCACAGGAGUAAGGAACGAGAGAGCUCACUGCAGAGAGAGACAGAAGAACUGAGCCUGAGAGUGCAGCACUCUGAGCGACUGAUGGCAGAGCGAGAUCGGAUGCUGCAGCAUCUGCAAAGCAGCUUCUCCCAACUGGAGAGAAAGUGUCAAAGUGCUCAGGAAGAAGCCCGGGAGAGUGCGGCCCAACUGGAGCUCACCAAGAGUGCAUUGGUUCAAACUCAGAGGAAAAUCCAAGCUCAGGCCCAAGAGCUCAGUGACCUGGAGCAAUCCUUGCUGCGUGUGCGCUCGGAGGAGGAGGUGGCGCAGAAGGUUGCACGUGGUCGCAGCCAGGACUUAAACACAGCCCAAGAAAGUGUGCAGGAGCUCAGGAGUCAGGUGACAGCAGCACAGGCCGGCCAGAGAGAAGCCAUGGAACAGUUGGCUGAACGGAGCCGGGAGCUAGCCGCUCUGCGAAGUGAAUUGCAGCGCUGCCAACAAAGGAAGAACGAGCUGGAGCGCGAGUGCGCUGCUCAGGAGGAACGAACGCGUAGAUUGAACAAAGAGAUGGUUGUUGUACGGGACAUGCAGAGACAGAAAGAACAGGAGGAGGAAGCUUGUGAAGGGCGUUUGAGAGAAUUAAACAGUCAGCUGCAGCACUGGCAGCGGCUGCACCAAGAGCGGGCACAGGAGCUGGGGCAGAGGGAAGAAGAGCUCAAACAGCUCCAAGAGCAACUGUCAGUUCUGAUGGAGAAACGAAAGAACGAGGGCAGAGAGAGGGAGGCUGUGCAGGCUACACUGAAUCAAUUGAAGCAGAGAUAUGUUGAGGCCACAACUGAGGUGGACACUCUGAGAAGCUCCCUGGAAGCAGCACGUUCUGACUGUCGCAGGCUGCACCGCGAGAGCGAGCUGGUUGUGUGCAAUGUGAACGAAUGGGUGGAUGAGCAAAAAGAAGCCAACAAGGUGCUAUCUGAGAAAAUCCGUGAGCAGAGCAAGCAGAUUCUGCAGCUGACUACACAGAAAGACCAUUUUCAGGAAGUGAUGGAGCGGCUCCAGCAAGAUAACAAGCGCCUGCGCAUCCAGGGGGAUGAACGGCGUAUAGAGAAUGAGCGACAGAAGCUGAGCCUGCACCAGUCAGACCUCGAACAUCAGAGCGUCAGCCGUGCUGCUACGGAGGAGCCAGGGUCUCUACGGUCUGCACGACGGGCGUUUACUAGUGAUGGAAACUUGAGGACAAAACCACGUGCAGGUCACUGACCGUUUACCACCUCAGAGCUUGCUCACUUAUGGUUAACUCGUUAAAGUGAGAGAUUCCAACCUACACUGGCACUGUGAAUUAGUUGUACAUCUAUGGGCACUGGCAAUCAUGCUGAAAUUUUUUUUGUAAAUUUUUACAAUAUUUAUAAAACUGUUUGUAAUAAAUUAAUCAUGGUUUUUAUAAUGA